CAAUGAGCGCGCGCGGGGCGACGUUCAGUGACGUACACGCUACGUACGCUUUAUUAAGCGUCUUCCCGCGCGAUCUCCUCCUCAGUCGCUCUGCUCCUUGGCGGAAACUGUCCUUACGGCCCUUUUCCUGAACUUCUAGGACUCGAACCCCUUGCCAUGUCCUCUGAAGAAGGGAAGCUCUUCGUUGGAGGGCUCAACUUCAACACCGACGAGCAGGCUCUGGAAGAUCAUUUCAGCAGCUUCGGGCCCAUCUCUGAGGUGGUCGUUGUCAAGGACCGGGAGACUCAGCGAUCCCGGGGUUUUGGCUUCAUUACCUUCACCAACCCAGAGCAUGCAUCCGAUGCCAUGAGAGCCAUGAACGGAGAGUCUCUGGAUGGUCGCCAGAUCCGCGUGGACCAUGCUGGCAAGUCGGCCCGGGGCCGAGGCGGUGGCUUUGGAGGGCGUGGCCGCAGCUACUCUAGAGGUGGUGGAGACCAGGGCUAUGGGAGUGGCAGGUAUGACAGUCGGCCUGGAGGCUAUGGCUAUGGAUAUGGAAGAUCCAGAGACUAUGGUGGCAGAAGCCAGGGUGGCUAUGACCGCUAUUCAGGAGGAAAUUACAGAGACAAUUAUGACAACUGAGAGGAGGCAUGCCACACCUAAUGUAGAUACACAAACACAAGGAAUAAAACUUCUGAUCCAGGAUCGUCCUUCCAAAUGGCUGUAUUUAUAAAGAGUUUUGGAGCUGCACUGAAACAUCUGUUUUAGUAUGUCAACUUCUAUUUUUGAAUUGAGCUCCCAAGGUAGCUUGCUAAAGACCUUUUAGAAAGCUCCAUGUGUUAUUAUUUUUCUCCCUCCCGGUUAAAGACAAAUUCUGGAACAUUUAUAGUCUGGAAUAUUUCCUUUUACCUUUUUUCUUUUUUUUCUUUUUUUGAAAGUUUGGGCUCUCAGGAAUGGUCUUGACCAAAAAAUGUUUGGCCAGACUGUUUUCCCCCCCACCCAGAUAUAAUGUGCAUCUAAGAGACGUUUUUUAAAACUUGUAUACAGUGUUUAUCAUUGUUAAAAAGCAAUUCCCAAAUAUAAUUGCAAUAAAUCAAGGACCUGGUUACUUGGA